AUGGCCCCAGUUCUCGGAUAUUGGUAUUUCAGAGAGCUUGCACAGCCAAAUCGGCUUUUGUUAGCCUACACUGAAACAGAAUUUGAAGACAAGAUGUAUGACUGUGGUCCAGGGCCAAAGUUUGACCGUUCUUGCUGGACUGAUGUCAAACCAACGCUAGGAUUGCCAUUCCCAAAUCUACCUUACUACGUUGAUGGAGAUUUGAAGCUAACCCAGAGCAAUACAAUUAUUCGCUACCUUGGAAGGAAACACGGCCUCGCGGCUAAAACAGAAGCGGAGCAGAUCAGGGAGGACAUUCUUGUAGAUCAGUCUUUUGAUAUACGUAUGGGAUUCGCCAUGACCUGCUACGCUUUUGGAAAAACAUAUGAAGAAUUUGAACGAAUGAAGGAGGGUUAUCUCAAGGAAUUACCUAGCAAGCUAGGUGCCUUUGCAGAAUUCCUUGGGGAUAAAAAAUGGUUUACAGGCAAAAAUCUAAAUUUUGUGGAUUUCAUCAUAUACGAGCUUCUUGACGUUCACGUUGAAUUGGAACCAACGUGUCUCGAUGAACUCAAGACACUGCAAGCCUUCAAGCUUAGAUUCGAGGCCCUCCCAACUAUCAAAAAGUACAUGGCGUCAGAUGAAGUUCAUAAAGGCUCCCCUCAACGGCAAGAUGGCGAAGUUUGGCAACCAGUAGACCUGUGGGAGAUCACGAAUUCGAAUUUCGACAAGCUUUGGAUUAUCACACACAGGCCUGAAUCUGUGACGUUCAUCGCCACCAUCUUGAAUGGACUUCGGGACAAACGCUCGGAACUGUCGUUGGAAAGAUUGUUUAAAUGGAAGAUUAUUUUAAUAUUCAUAUUUAUAUUUAUAUUCGCCUAA